CUAAAAAUUCUAGAUCCGCCUCGGGUCCUAUAAGGUAGGGGUCCGAAUCGUGGAAUCAACCACCGAUGUUUGCGUCUGGGUAGACUGCCCACAUCAUACCCCCUUGGGGUGCGACCCUUCCCUGAACCUACAUGAACACGGAAUUCUUCGUACACCGAACUGCCUUUUUUGGUAGUGCUUUACGAAGACAGCUCGAAGGAAGGGAUUUAGUUAGUUUUAAUAGAAGAGGAGCUUCAGAAUUUGGUGUAGAAGCUAGUGGUUCUUCAAUUAACUUUUGUGGUGUUCAAAUAGAUGGCUUACAAGGGAAUGGCCAAAAUAGACUUUUGCAACUACUUCGUGAUGAUUCCGAGAGAAACAGCUAUAUGCAUGAGGAUAAUUAUACUUCAUUGGAUGAUGACCUUAGCACAAUGGUACAACAGUUUCAGGACAACUCGGCUCCAAAUUUGUGAAAGGAGGUCAAUGACAGCUGGUCAACAUUUGUGAAGAGCUAAUUAAAGAAGUCAAAUUAAUUCCUCUUAAUUUUGUGAUUUGCUGCGUAUGAAAAAACAUUUAUGCGGGGUAAGAUAUCAGUCAUUGAGUAACAUUUCCCCUUUUAAUGUAAUUAUUGAAUGUUCAAUUAGUAGGUUUGUUUUUAUUUUUAUUCUCUUUUUUCAAAUUGUGGCCUUUAAUCUUUAUGGAGUUAUUAUGAUGGUGUCAUCGCACCAUGGCUUGUAGAAUUAAUUGUAUUCAUUAAGACCAAGAUAAUUUACAAAAUAGAA